CAACCUCGAGCGACCCGAAAGACAAAACGCGAUGCUGCUCUCGUUGCUGAGCUUCGCCGCCGCCGUUGGUCUGCUCUCAGGGUUGAAAGUCACGCAGACGCCCGCCGACAUCAUCGAGAAGGCGGGCGGCUCGGCCGCCAUCUCGUGUUCUCACAGCAUACCCAACUACGACCAGAUCCUGUGGUACCGGCACCCCGGCGUGGGCAUGCAGCUCAUAGGGUACAUGUACUACAAAACCCCCACUCUGGAGACGCAGGACCAGGGCGUGACGCUGGGGGGAAACGCCGAAUCCGGCCACACGUCCAAGAUGACUUUCCCAAAGCUGCGCCUGAACAGCAGCUCCGUUUAUUAUUGCGCAGCUAGCGCCCACGCUGCCGCCGGCUGCCGCUCUUUGCCGGAUGGGUCGCGAGCGCAGAUCGGAGCAACCCGAAGGAAACCAGAAGACAUGACGUUCCUCUUGUUGCUGAGCUUCGCUGCCGGCGCUACGCCGCUUUCAGGACUGAUCGUCACGCAGACUCCCGCCGACAUCAUCGCGUCAGCGGGCCAGUCCGCCACGCUUGCGUGUUCUCACCAAAAAUCGGAAUACAACCAGUUGCUGUGGUACCGGCAGCGCGGCGCCGGCAUGGAGCUCCUCGGGUACAUUACCUACAAAAGUGCUACAAUGGAGCCUGGCGAGGACGUGAAGUUGGAGGGGGGCGCCCGGAUCGGCGAAACGUGCAGGAUGACUGUUCCCGAGCUGCACCUGAACUUCAGCGCCGUUUAUUACUGUGCAGCGAGUGCCCACGGUGCAGUGUCCGAAGCCCUCUUCGGCGGAGGGACAAAGUUAUCAGUUCUAGAACCAAACGUCGAGAUCAGCUUCCCGACGGUGACGUUGUUCCCGCCCUCGGACGGCGAGUGCACAAACCAGAAGGACCGAGAGGCCAAGAAGAAGACGCUGGUGUGCGCGGCCACCGGCUUCUACCCGGACCACGUCGAGGUGGCCUGGCUGGUGAACGGCCAGAUUCGCGAGAGGGGCGUGGCCAAGGACCCCGAGGCCCGGCGGCGAGGCCUGCAGUACGCCAUCACCAGCAGGCUGAGGGUGCCGGCGCCCGAGUGGUUGCGCGGGGGCGCCGCCUUCACCUGCGUCGUGACCUUUUUCGACGGGACGACCUACCGCAACUUCACAGAGACGAUCAGCGGCAAAGACGAUUCAUCUGAAGACCAGCUUACCCGAGAGAGCUUCUUGAGGUUGACGGAGAGCGCCAAGCUGUCGUACGGCGUCCUGAUCGCCAAGAGCUGCGUCUACGCCGUCUUCGUGGCCUUCCUGCUGUGGCGCUUCAGGGCGUCGUCGGGAAAAAGCAGCUGAGGGACGAUCGCCGGCGCCGCUUUCCUGUUUUUCCUGUUCUUAUUUACUCACUUUGUUCAAUAAAAGUAUAAUUCAAUAACAAACCC